AUGGACCCAAUAUCCCUGGAGAUGAACAUGAAGAUGAACUCCCCCAACAGUACCGAGACAAGCAGCGCCCCCUCGGGCGCCGCAGGCUCGUCUUCCUCCUCCGGGACGAUCCUGAGCCGGUACGAGAACCAGAAGCGGCGGGACUGGAACACGUUCGGGCAGUACCUCCAGAACCACAGGCCGCCGCUGUCCCUGGGUCGGUGCAGCGGGGCCCACGUGCUGGAGUUCCUGCGGUACCUCGACCAGUUCGGGAAGACCAAAGUCCACAACCCGCUCUGCACCUUCUUCGGGCACCCGAACCCGCCCGCCCCCUGCCCCUGCCCGCUCCGCCAGGCCUGGGGCAGCCUCGACGCCCUCGUCGGCCGCCUCCGCGCAGCCUACGAGGAGAACGGCGGCCGCCCCGAGGCCAACCCGUUCGGGGCAAGCGCCGUCCGCCUAUACCUCCGGGAGAUCCGAGACUCCCAGUCCAAGGCGAGGGGUGUCAGCUAUGAGAAGAAGAAGCGCAAGAGGCCGCCGUCGGUCGCCACUGCCUUGCCGCCGUCAGGUUGA